GAGGAACACGCAGCAGCAGCAGCAGCAGCAGCGGCAGCAGCGGCAGCAGCAGCGCUAGUGUUCGCCUGUACCAGGUAGAAGUCCCAGUUCUGUCUCCCCGCAGACCACCGUUGGAAGAUCUGGACACACCAACAACGCAGAGACCCCCACCACCAACGCUAUGGCACAAGCAGCCAAACAUCUCCGCAAGAACAAGGAUUUAGAAGCCCAGUUAGAGCAGGAGCGCAAAGAGAAGGAGGACGAGAGGGCCAAAAAGAGGAGUCGUUCACGGGAUAAAAAACGCAAGGCCCACGCUGUGCAUCGCUGGCUAAUCGAUCAGGACAGUAGUGUGAGCUCUGAGAUGCCGGAUGGCCAAGGAGUAUGGCACUAUGAUGAUGAAGCAGAUGCUGGCAACAGUUUUCUUCGAGCUGCCCGAUCUGGCAACCUGGACAAGGCUUUGGACCAUAUAAAAAAUGGCAUUGAUAUUAAUACAGCCAAUCAGAAUGGGCUCAAUGCGUUGCAUCUGGCCUCGAAAGAGGGCCACGUCAAAAUGGUGCUGGAGCUACUUCACAAUGGAAUCGUACUGGAGACCACUACGAAGAAAGGGAACACUGCCCUGCACAUUGCAGCUCUGGCAGGGCAGGAGCAGGUCGUCACAGAGCUGGUAAACUAUGGGGCCAAUGUCAAUGCUCAGUCCCAGAAGGGUUUCACUCCACUCUACAUGGCUGCACAAGAAAACCAUCUAGAGGUUGUGAAGUUUCUUCUGGAGAAUGGAGCCAAUCAGAGCAUUCCAACGGAGGAUGGAUUUACUCCACUCGCCGUGGCUCUUCAGCAGGGACAUGAGAAUGUCGUAGCACUGCUCAUCAGUUAUGGCACCAAAGGGAAGGUGCGCCUCCCUGCACUACAUAUAGCAGCUCGAAACGAUGAUACACGAACGGCUGCAGUGCUUUUGCAGAAUGACCCUAAUCCUGAUGUGCUCAGCAAGACUGGAUUCACACCCCUCCACAUUGCUGCACACUAUGAAAACUUGAAUGUAGCUCAACUACUGCUAAACCGAGGAGCAAAUGUUAACUUCACCCCAAAGAACGGCAUCACCCCUCUGCACAUUGCUGCCAGACGUGGAAAUGUGAUCAUGGUCCGUCUCCUGCUUGAUAGAGGGGCACAGAUUGAUGCCAAGACCAAGGAUGAGUUAACUCCUCUGCACUGUGCAGCUAGAAAUGGACAUGUUAGGAUUAUUGAAAUCCUCCUGGACCAUGGAGCCCCCAUCCAGGCAAAGACCAAGAAUGGCCUCUCUCCAAUCCACAUGUCAGCACAGGGGGACCACAUGGACUGCGUCAAGCAGCUUCUGCAGUACAACGCAGAGAUUGAUGACAUCACACUAGACCAUCUUACCCCUCUGCAUGUGGCAGCACACUGCGGCCACCACCGCAUGGCCAGAGUUCUCUUGGAGAAAGGGGCAAAAGCUAACUCCAGGGCCCUGAAUGGCUUCACUCCCUUGCAUAUUGCCUGUAAAAAGAACCACCUGCGUGUGAUGGACCUCCUCCUCAAACAGUCAGCAUCAUUGGAGGCUGUGACUGAAUCUGGCCUAACCCCGCUGCAUGUUGCAUCAUUUAUGGGUCAUCUUAAUAUUGUGAAGAUCCUCCUGCAGAAAGGAGCUUCCCCCAGCGCCUCCAAUGUGAAAGUUGAGACUCCUCUCCACAUGGCUUCGCGAGCAGGACAUUUUGAAGUGGCAGAGUUUUUAUUGCAGAAUGCAUCGCCAGUCGAUGCCAAGGCCAAGGAUGACCAAACACCUCUGCAUUGUGCUUCUCGAAUGGGUCACAAGGAGCUGGUGAAGCUCCUGCUGGAGCACAAAGCCAACCCCAAUUCCACCACCACAGCUGGUCACACGCCUCUUCACAUCGCUGCGCGAGAAGGUCACGUACAAACAGUACGUAUCCUCCUGGACAUGGAUGCUCAGCAGACAAAGAUGACCAAGAAAGGCUUCACUCCACUCCAUGUGGCCUCCAAGUAUGGCAAGGUGGAUGUGGCAGAGCUGCUGCUUGAGAGAGGAGCCAACCCUAAUGCAGCUGGAAAGAAUGGUCUGACUCCACUGCAUGUUGCUGUACAUCACAACAACCUAGAUGUAGUCAACUUACUUGUCAGCAAAGGAGGGUCCCCACAUAGUGCUGCCAGGAAUGGCUACACUGCGCUCCACAUUGCGUCCAAGCAGAACCAGGUGGAGGUGGCCAGCAGCCUGCUGCAGUAUGGCGCUUCGGCCAAUGCUGAGUCACUGCAGGGAGUCACACCUCUCCACCUGGCCUCACAGGAGGGCAGACCUGACAUGGUCUCCUUGCUCAUCUCCAAACAGGCCAAUGUCAACCUUGGCAACAAGAGUGGGUUGACCCCACUGCACCUGGUGGCACAAGAGGGACAUGUAGGCAUUGCUGAUAUUCUGGUAAAGCAAGGAGCUUCAGUUUAUGCUGCUACGCGGAUGGGUUACACCCCUCUGCAUGUAGCGUGUCACUAUGGCAACAUCAAGAUGGUGAAGUUUCUCCUGCAGCAACAAGCCAACGUUAACAGCAAAACAAGGCUCGGUUACACUCCUCUGCACCAGGCAGCACAACAGGGACACACAGACAUCGUAACACUGUUACUGAAACAUGGUGCCCUACCCAAUGAGACCACAACUCAUGGGACUUCAGCCCUGGCCAUUGCUAAGAGGUUGGGAUACAUCUCUGUGAUUGACGUCCUGAAGCUCGUCACCGAGGAGACCGCUUCCAUGACGACCACAGAGAAACAUCGCAUGAGUUUCCCAGAAACUGUGGAUGAGAUACUAGAUGUGUCUGAGGAUGAAGGAAUUGCACAGCUAACGUUAGGAGAGGAGCUUUUGGGGACAGAAGGGGCCAGGUACAUGAAGAUGGAUGACAUGAAAGACCAUGAUGACGAUUUCCUCUCCCCCAAGAAAUCACUGGAGUACGAGAGAGGGCUGGGCACAGCAAAUUAUUCGCCAGCCAUUCCCAGAAUUCCUCGUGUGUCUCCCGAGACAGUUAUUCUCAAAGAACAUGAGAUAAAUCAGCAGCACACGCCGCUUCCACUGCCCAAAGAAUAUGAUGAAGACUCACUGAUUCCCAGCAGCCCAGCAACCGAAACGUCUGACAAUGUCAGCCCAGUCGCCAGUCCCAUACACACAGGGUUCUUGGUCAGUUUCAUGGUGGAUGCUCGGGGCGGUUCAAUGCGAGGCAGCAGGCAUAAUGGUCUGCGUGUCAUCAUACCUCCACGGACGUGUGCUGCACCCACCCGUAUUACCUGCCGCCUGGUGAAGCCGCAGAAGCUGACCUGCCCCCCUCCUCUGGUGGAAGGAGAGGGGCUGGCCAGCAGGAUCAUUUCCCUGGGCCCAGCUGGUAUGCAGUUUCUGGGCCCUGUGAUUGUAGAGAUCCCCCACUUUGCUGCCAUGGGUCGUGGUGACCGGGAACUUGUCGUGCUGAGGAGCGAGAACGGCUCAGUCUGGAAAGAACAUCGCAAUCGCUACGGCGACGAGGUGCUGGAAACAAUCUUGAAUGGAAUGGAUGAGGACCUAGAAAGUCAAGAGGAACUGGGGAAGAAGAGAAUCCGCCGCAUCAUCUCUACCGAUUUCCCGCUUUACUUUGCUGUUGUGUCGAGGGUCCAACAAGAAAGUGACCUCAUUGGUCCGGAGGGAGGUUCACUGACAAGCAAACUGGUGCCGAUGGUCCAGGCUUCGUUUCCCGAGACGGCAGUCACCAAACGAGUCCGCCUGGGGCUGCAGGCUCAACCAGUUCCAGAUGAGUUGGUUGCAAAGCUGCUGGGUAACCAAGCAAACUUUAGCCCAGUGGUCACUGUAGAGCCUCGGCGCCGCAAGUUUCACAGACCCAUCGGCCUGCGUAUUCCCCUGCCCCCGUCCUGGAAGGAGAGCCCUCGAGACUCGGGGGAGGGCGACACCACCAGUCUGCGUCUGCUCUGCUCUGUCAUAGGUGGUACAGCCCCCGCCCAAUGGGAGGACAUUACUGGCACCACCAAGCUUAACUAUGCCCAUGCAUGUGCCAGCUUUACAACCAAUGUUUCAGCACGAUUCUGGCUCGCAGACUGUCCUCGGACAGCUGAGGCCAUCUCCUUUGCCAACCUGCUCUACAGAGAGUUAUCAGCCGUACCCUAUAUGGCCAAGUUUGUGGUUUUUGCAAAGAUGAAUGAGCUCCGCGAGGGCCGCCUGCGCUGCUACUGCAUGACUGAUGAUAAGAUGGAUAAGACCUUGGAACAACACGAGAACUUCACAGAGGUGGCUCGCAGCCGAGACAUAGAGGUGAUGGAGGGAAUGCCACUUCACCUGGAGUGUUCAGGGAAUCUUGUACCCGUGAGAAAGGCCACACAGCAGCCUCGCUGCUUCAGUUUCCAGGCCUUCAGGGAUAAUCGACUUCCUGUCUCUGUUAAGGUGAGAGACCACAGCAAAGAGCCCACUGGAUUUUUGUCUUUCCUGCGCAAGUCCACCAAGUAUGAGGACAGCCAGCAUGUGCUCUGCAAUCUGAACAUAACUAUGCCUCCAUGCAUCAAGGUUGUUGGUAGUGAAGACCGGAGGCGAACACUUACUCCGUUGGCUCUAAGAGAAAGAUACAGUGCACUCAAUGAGCCUGCUUUGGCGUCGAUGAGUGCCAUGGAAAGGACGGAGCUUAAGAUGGCUGUGAUUGCAGAACAGUUGGGACUGAGCUGGGCAGAGCUAGCACGUGAACUUCAGCUCAGUGUGGAUGACAUCAAUAAGAUUCGAGUGGAGAAUCCGAACUCCCUCCUGGAGCAGAGCUCUGCGCUGCUUAACCUGUGGGCCACUCGUGAAGGCAAGAGGGCCAAGAUGGAGAGUUUAUACACAGCCCUGAAGAGUAUUGACCGUAUGGACAUCAUCAACAUGUUGGAGGGUCAGCCUCCUCAGCCCGUGAGACAAGGCUCGCGUGAGCUCAGCAGACGUCGACACAACGAGAGAGAACACCUCUCACCUGGUAUGACCAAUGGUUAUGGGCUUGCGCAGGACGAGCUUCUCUCACCGGCCUCCAUGCAGUACAGCUUGCCUUCUCCGCUGGGGGCUGAGCCUUACUGGCAGGAAGUCUCCAGCCUGGACUGUGCACCCAUUGCUACCACAGAAGAAGAUACCCUGAUGGAGAUGUCUGAUGUACAGGUGUGGCCCUCAGGCAACAGCCCCUCCUUGGUGACUGUGGAAGACUCUUCGCUGGAGUGCAGCAAUGCAGAUGACUCAGAAGGUCUGCUGGGGCUGCCAUAUGGAAGUCUGGGUCGGCCAGCCAGUCAGGCCAGCGCAACCAGCGGAGGGGGUGGGAUGUUGAGUGGUUCCAUUGAACUGCCAGAAGAUGACUCGGAGAUGGGCGUUGACUCGCUUAGCACUACCACUCCUGCCUCGCUGGGAGGUACCAUCGCUGGAAUCAAUCUAAACGGGCUGAACAAUGGUCAGGGGUCAGAGGCAGGCUCAGAGAUAUCAGCCGUCACAAAUACGACUGGUGGUGACGGAGCUGGAGGAGAAAGAGGACGAGGAGGAGGAACAGGUUCAGAGGACGGACUUUCUUUCAUUGCAGGACAGCAAAGGGUGUAUGCUCGGUUAAGUGAGUCACCUGGUCUGAGCUGUGUUGCAGAUCGAAAUGGAGACAGGUCAGGUAAUGGUGGAAAUGGAGGUGGUGGAGGCUCUUUCCUCUCCUACUUGCAGGAACAGACAGGCCCAGGGUGGAUCCCUGUCACUGACCCAACUCAGGCUUGGGUUGGAACCCAGUCCAAGCCUAGGCAGGCCAUCGAGACCAUGGUUUCAUCGGUACGCAACGCUUUGGAUGGUGACCAGUCCCAUGUGUCCCAGGAAGCCUUGCUUCAGCCUGUGAGGGACAUGGGGCACUCUGAGAUCUUACGGGGGCACUUCAGGGGCACCCAGCCAUUCGAGAAGGGUUUGGGGUUUCCACACAGGGUACCAGAGCUCAGAGCCUGGGAUGACGUACGCCUGAAGGGCCAAGGGGACGAGGUUCAAGAUCUACCUGGGGAGCAAGUGAGCGAGGAACAGUUCACGGAUGAACACGGAAACAUUGUCACAAAAAAGAUCGUACGGAAGGUUGUGCGCAGAGGGAAGGGUUCAGAUCAGGAGGUGGUUCAGGAGUUGAGCGUGGAGGGUUGUCUGCAGGAUGCCAAGGAGCUGGGAGGUGAUGCUGAGCAGUUCAUGAGCUACGCCAUCCUGGGUCGGGACGGCAGCAAGCCUGAUUCUGUGGAUGUGAAGAAAGGUGCUCAGAUAGUGAAAUGUGCCAGUCUGCGAAGAGUUAAGCAGUGAGGCAGACUGAGUGCUGCGUCCCUGCAGAGUUCUCCGCAGGAUUCAAUCCCUUCACCGAAAUCAUCCUACAUGGACACAUGACCAGCAGCAGCUGACGGGAGGACAACCACACAUGAAAAAGCAGACUAAAGGAAAUGAAGACCCCCAACACAAUGACAACCACAGUGGCUAUGCCAACAAUCAGCGUGCACCAGAAGAAAAGGAUUUAUUUGCAGUUUAUUACUUUUUUUUUUAAAGAAACUGUGGGGUUAAAAAAACAAAAUCAAAAAAGAAAAAUAUAUAUAUAUAUACUAGGCUACUAGCAUGAUUUCGUAUAAAACAAAAACCAAAACACAAAGAACAAAAAAAAAAAGCAACCAAAAUGUGCUUCCUGUGAUCUGUAUCAGCAUGAGUGACUGCUGCCGCAUGGCCUGUCUUUAACUUCAAAUACUGAGGGAAUACAGGGGUGGGGAAACGGGACGGGACCGGACAGGCAUGCUAUUUAGGCUUUGGUCAAUCACUGUCCCUUUUUAUAAACUAAUGGGAAAACAAUCAGCUUGAAAAAAGAAAAAAAAAAGACACUUUAAAACAGCGAAUCUCUAGUCAACAUAUUUUCCCUCUCCCCCGUGCUGCACAAACUAGUCCUUAACUCGUCCCAGUGCUCUCUGAGUCCAGUGAAGCUACACUUAUCACCCAAGGAUGUCAGUGUUGUACAUAAUAUUGUAUGCACUAAAAUGCUCUACGUGACUGUGUGUUACGUGUUGUUUAUGGUAUAAGAUCCCUAUGUGAUGCCACUGAUGCUGCUGUUUCAGACACAUAAGAAAUUCCUCCCCGUUUUUCAUGUUCCCUUCGUUUGAUCAGUACCUAUAUAUUAUUCUAUAUAUCUCUUUGUGGUUACAAGAACAUGCAAAUGUUGUGUCGCUCUGCCUGUUUUAACGUUUGAUUCAUGUACGUCCAGUCGUUUGUUUCUUUGUGCUUCAUUGUUUGCUUUAGACUUGUCAAACUCUUGAGGGGAGGGGGCGUGUACGGGAGUACUCUGACUUAUUUAUUGUAGGGGGGGGGGGGGGGCUUUGGGAGACAGGUUCACUGCAGGCCUUUGUCUACACCUUCUCUCUAAGUGGUUUAUCUUGUGGAGAAGGUGACAAUGAGUACUGUAGAAAGUAAGUUUUGAGAGCUUGAGCUCCAUCCUACUCUCUCUCUCUCUCUCUCUCUCUCUCUCUCUCUCUCUCUCUCUCUCUCUCUCUCCUCUCUCUCUC